AUGAAUCCUGCAUCCACCAGGCGUGGGUCCAGCGGGGAUGGGUCCAGACGCUCAACUUCACGACCUGGAGUGUCGAAUGCUUCCUCCCUUUCGGCUUCACAGGUGUAUGUGGCCUCUGCUGCACCUUCAGUACCUGGGACACCAACCAGCCAGGAUCCUUCAGUACCAGGAACACCAUCCCGCCAGCAAUCUUUUAUACGUGCCAUACCAUCCAGCCAGCGACCUUCAGUACAUGCCAUACCAUCCAGCCAGCGACCUUCAGUACGCGCCUUACCAUCCAGGCAGCGACCUUCAGUACGCGCCUUACCAUCCAGGCAGCGACCUUCAGUACGCGCCUUACCAUCCAGGCAGCGACCUUCAGUACGCAUCAUACCAUCCGGCCAGCGACCUUUAGUUCGCGGUACAUCAUACACUAGGUCCUUGCAGUCAGUGCACAGAGAUCGCAUUGCCGACAGAGUACCAAAGAAAUACAGCCAACAUGAGAAAAUGCCACCACCUCGACUGGUCCAAGGGUCUAAGAAAAUUAAGAUACCCGAAGCCGUCAAAACACAGGCUGAGGGCCACGACAGGCACUCAAAAAGAAACAGAGAUAGCUUCUGGCAUUUUUGCUGCUCAGCCAAUGGGAUGUUGAAGGUCUUGAGGAUGUGUAUUACAGCAGCAUCCGUGUUUUUUUUAAUCAUUGGCGGCGCCCGGGAGCUGUUUGUAGUCAUCAUGAUUCAGGAAACCUGCAUCGUCCUAUUUUUCAUCAUCAUCUAUUUGGUAACCCUUCAAGACACGAUGGCCUGUAUCCACUGGCCUCUGCUUGAUCUGAUCAACUCUGCCAUUUCCACGGUAUUUCUGGGAACAGUUGGUAUACUAGUCAUUGGAGAAAGAAAUACAAAGGAUCUGUGCUAUGCUGGAGGGAUCCUGUGCCUCUCGGCAGCAGUCCUGUGUGUCAUAGAUGCUUUGUUGUUUCCCAUGAAGAGGAGGAACAAAGCGAAAACUUCCCUGUCUGCCCCAGGAGAUCGGGUAGGAAAGGACCCCAGGGAGUGGGAGCAACAGCCAGCCACAAACCUGGGACUCCUUUUCAAGGAUGGCCUGUCUGGCACCCGUGGGGCUCAGUGA